AUGGCCGAGAUGAGGUGUUCAAGGUGGCGACCGGCCCACAAUUCCAUGACAGGCGCGGGGGCACAUGGGCGCAAAGCAGGCCAGGCACUCUGUGGCAUUGCGCGGGAAAGGACCAUCCUUCACCACGAAAGCAUCAUCUCUCCCCCUGCAUUUCUGCGUGGUAUCCAGAUGAACUAUCCGCCCUACGCUGACACGCCGACGCUUUGGAGCAAAUGCCUGAGCCAAAUUGGGCCCUUUGAUGACGUGCAUGCCGAGGAGAAGUCGAAGAAGGACGAGAAGAAAGAGAAGAAAGAAGACAAGAAGCGAGAUAAAGAUCGUGAUCGGGACCGCGAUCGGGGUAAGGACCGCCGGCGCGACCGAGAUGCCAGUCGCUCUGCGAGCAACGCAAAGAGAAAAAAGGGGAAGAAGGAGAAGGAGCGAAGCCGAAGCCGGGGAAGAGCUUCGCGCAGCCGCAGCUCCAGCGGGGGGAAGCGGAAGAAGGAGAGCAAGCUCGCGGAGCCGCCAGAUUGGCUCCCGCGGUCGCCAGAGCAAGACCGGCCAAAGGCACCUCUGGACGUGCCAAGGGCGCCGAAAUCCAAUCCGGCGCCAGUUCCUGGCGAGGGCCGCCCGGCGCCGCAACUGCCGGCCACGAAGGCGCCCCCAGAGAAUGUCCCGGACUGGCUCCAGGACCUCUUCGGUGGGCAAAACUCCGGGAACGUCGCCGGUCCCCUCCUGCGGCCGCGUGUUCCUCACCGCGAGGUGAUGGUCCCGCAGCAGUGUGUGGCGCGGCUUAUAGGCAAGGGUGGCGAGACCAUCAUGGGCAUCUGCAACACCACAGGGGCUGACGUCAAGAUCCGCCAGGAGACCAAGGAGCUCGGCUACAGCUUAGCCAUCAUCAUGGGCCAUCCGGAUGCCAUGGACGCAGCGGAGCGCUUGGUGAGGCAGAAGCUGGGCCUUUCGGGCACGGGCUUCGCCUCAAAGGAGCUCACGCUGCAGUCGGAGCACGUGCCCACCGUCAUGGGCCCGAAGGGAACGAGCCUGGCAAGAAUAAGGCAACAGUCCGGCAAUCUAGCAAUCGAAAUCCGACCACCUGACCUGCCGGGCAUGCCGCACACGGCAAUGCUGGGCCCAGGCAGUCAGGAGCAGCUGAUGGUGGCCGAGCAGCUCAUCAUGGCGACCUUGGCCGAGGCGGCGGUGGCAUCGGCGAUCACAAACAAGUGA